AUGGACGAAGAAGAUGACUUCGAUGUACUGGAUGUGGUGGCAGCACGAAGCAGGGGUCUCACUGAUGCUGAAGUUCAAAAGUGGGAAGCCUAUGAACUGGUUGCAGCAGCAGCACAAAGAAGAGAAGAAGCGCAGGUUCGACGGACAUCCAAAGAGGAACCCAAAGAAGAAGAUGGCGAAUUCAUCAUGAACGUUAUAAGAGAACGACAAGCAUUAUCCUCGCAGCCGGAAGCGUUAUCCUCACAGCGGCCAGCAAAACCUUCUGACAAUCAGGAUGAUCAUCGGCCUGAAGAGACGUCCAUGCUCCCUGGGGCUUAUGCAGCAGCACCUGGUACAGAGUUGCAGAGGAGAGUACUAGUAACAACUAGUCACGGAAAAUCCUCCUCGGGUGGUUCUGAAGAAUCUUCUGCUGCUGUGGACUGCAGUGCUGCUUGUGAAAUCGAUGGGAAUGAAGCUUCUGUUUCGGGCAAUGAUGGUGGGGAUUUAUUGGUUGUGGCCAAUCCAGUGGAUGAUACAAUUCCAAAUAAUGGUAUUAUUCCCGUGGCUCAAGAUUACAAUAAUGCUGAGAACAAUAAUAACCGAUACGUGCAAGGAGAGGAAAGCAUCAGGCAACAAAAAACAAGAAUUCUGGUUGGAGCGAUUGGUUUGGCAGCUGUGAUCAUGAUUGUGUUUGCUGUUGUUCUUCUGUCUCUUACUGCUGGCAAGCAAUCUGCUGCGGAGGAGGAGGGUGACCACGCAUUAUUGGAUCCAAAUAUUGAUGAUUCAUCAACCUUUUCUCCUUCAUUGGUCCCACCAUCGUUGCCACCCUCAGCUGCUCCGUCCCAAGCUCUGAGUGCAUUCUUGGAACAGCUUCCUGCUUUCACACACUCCACUUUACACAAUGUAACCAGCCCUCAGGGUCUUGCCUUCAAUUGGCUCCAGGAUUAUCCAAAUGUCACAUCACUGGAGGACUGGAGAAUAACACAAUUAUUUGCCUUGGCAACAUUCUUUUAUGCAUUUGAGGGGCCGAGGUGGAGACAAGAAUAA